AUGCAUCAGAACCUCGAUGAUGCAAUAUGUCUUCUGGGGUUAAUCUCAGAACGUCCACCGGACCUCCAAGAACCAACACAACAGACGGAACCUAGUGAUAUCGAUAAAGAGUUGGAAUCAUAUCUCAAUGACGAGGAAUUCGACGACCCAGAAGAUCCAACUGUAUCGGGUGCCGAUCCAGAACAUGAACAAUAUCGCAUCGAGCUGAAGAACCAAUUCCUCGACCGACUUGCCGUAACUCUAGCUCGCUUCAAAACUACGUCGAAUGGUGCAAGACAUAUCUCCGCACUUAUGAUGGUCUGCUAUGAAGACGAAGGGCGCGUCAAAAUAUUUUGCGCUAAGAAUGAGGGGCUUGAGCAGGAAGAUAAAGACUUUCUGACUAGAUGGAAGUUACUUAUGUCGAUCAUCGAUCGAUGGAGAUGA